AUGAAUCCAGAGUCCUGGCUGUUUCAGCCGUCGUGCCGCAUCAGCCGGGAGAGAAAAACAUCCAUCCACGACGACGAGGAGGCAGGAGCUCCAUGCACCUUUGCAUGCAGCGCAGCUCGGUCACAUUCCUGCAGUCUGCAUCAGUGGCCUUAUCCUCCCACAUCUUCUCGCGGUGCUCCUCCACGUCCUCCGGCGUCCCCCACUUCUCCUUCUGAGUGCUCCGCUCCUCAUUCUCCUCUCGGGCUCCCGCCAUCCAUCCAGCUGUGGCCCUCGCAGGGCGCGACUGCUGGCGCUCACCUGACAGGUCCCUGGCCUCAGGACGACUGCCAGCACCCGUACUCUCCCUACAUGAGGGACAAAGCGACGCAGACCCCCAGGGCCUGGGCAGAUGAGAGGAGGAGGGGCUCUCACAAACGCUCGGCCUCCUGUGGGAGCACCGACCAGCUCAAGGAGAUUGCCAAAUUGCGACAGCAGCUUCAGCGCAGCAAACGCAGCAGCCGCCAUCGGAGGGAUAAAGACCGCAAGUCCCCGUUCAAUGGCAGCCAUACCAUCAUCCAGUCGCAGUCACCUAUGCCCAAGGCCAUCCUGAUACCCAUCCCUAUAUCCAAGUCAUCGGCCCCUCGUUUCCGAAACAGCGUAGAGGGCCUAAACCAGGAGAUUGAACGCAUCAUCAUCAGGGACACGCCUGAAAAAGACGACACCAUCGUUCCACAGGAUGUCCCAGAUGGGCACCGCGCACCACCACCCGUCCCCCCACGGCGCAGCAGCAGCACCCGCAGCAUAGACACACAGACUCCCUCGGGGGGCGGCCUGAGCGGUAACCAUAGCAACUGCAGUAGCCGGCCCGACUCCAUCUCGCCCUCCUACCUCACCGUCCUCAACGACACGAGUGGAGGCAGCCCCUACGAGGACAAAGAGCUAGGCCCCUGCUCCCCGCUGCCUAAAUAUGCCGCCUCCCCCAGACCCAACAACAGCUACAUGUUCAAGAGGGAACCUCCAGAGGGCUGCGAGAAAGUCAAAGUGUCCGAGGACACCAUAACCAAACCUCCGCAGGACCUCCCUCGCUUCUUGUGUCCCGACCGCAACAAGGUCAACUUCAUCCCCAACAUCGGCUCUGCCUUCUGCCUCGUCAGCAUCCUGAAGCCCUUACUCCCCGGUCCCCGAGGUCCAGUGGGCCUCCGGAGCCUGUCCCCGUCCCUCGUGCCUCUGUCCACCCAGCCCUGCCUCCUGGAGGAGCCCGAGAGCUUCUGACGGCUUCACGUCACCCCCGGAAGACCCCCCCCCCCCCAACAAAAUCAGAAAACACUUACUAGGAAACAACCCUUCUGCUCUAAGAAUGCCUUCAGCAUGCCAGCUAAGCUCUCUCUGAUGUCCUUAUCUCGUUGACAAAGCGCUUCCCACUGCCUCUCCUCAGACGACUACAACGUGAGAGUCCUGCAGCCCUGUGCGGGGGUGUGCAGCUAACAUUUCAUCGCUUUCUUCUACCUUUAGUGCUGGUUAUGUUCCUGUUUUCUCGGGAGGAAAAGGGCGAAAGGACAGACUCUUUUUUUCAUCGUAUUAUACCAUGGCGCCUUUCCACGGAUAUAUCUCUUUUUCUAUCUGUAGUUAUUUCUCUUGAUAUAAAAUAUGCCUUCCAUUGUAAAAGAAAAAAAAAAAAAAAAAAAGGCCACUGGUUUCCUCGGCGACCAAGAGUUUGACCACGGAGGCUAAUUUUGGUGCUGCCAGAUAUAUCGUAGCAAAACUUGAACGGUCGCGACAAGGAGGAGUUUAAAAAUGUGCCUGAUAUUUUAGACCACUCAGUUUCGCUCCACCAGCGUAGUGCUCCAUCAUGUUUGACCCUUUAGCAUGGCACACAUGAUGUGAGCACUAUGCUGGCCAUAGAUACACACACACAAGCAGAAUAUACAGGCAGUGGUGGAAAGUAACUAAGUACAUUUACUCAAGUACUGUAAUUAAGUACACAUUUUGAAGCAUUUUUACAACUUAAAAGGGAAACAUUAUACUUUGUACUUCACUACAUUUAAUUUUUAAGCUUUAGUUACUUUAUAUUUAUUAUGAUUUGUUGUAAAUGUAAUCUAUCCAACAAUAUAUUUAAGUACCUAAAACAAUUAGUAGGACAGGAAAUUAAUUUGCAGCAAUUUAAUUAAGUUUUUGUAUAAAAACACUUCGCAUUUCCAGCUUGUGUGUGAAGAUUUGCUGCUUUUACUUGCUAAUAUUUUAAUUUAUUUGUAAUAUAUUUUUCUGCAAUGAGUUUCUCAAUGCAAGACUUACUUGUAAUGGAGUAUUUUUACAGUGUAGUACUAGUUAUUUUACUUAAGUAAAAUAUCUGAAUACUUCUUCCACCACUGUAUACAAGGAGGGGGUUUUAAAACAUAUUUAUGUGUACUUUUAUCAGCCAUUUGCAGUGCAGGCUGACUGUAAACGGGUACAAGCUUCACUAACAGGUAGCAGUGAGGCCCCCCCAUCUGCUGCUGUGUAUCUAUGGGAAACGCAGGCCAGGGCUAUGAUGUGUGCAGCGUGUUCUACCUGUCUGCUUGCCCCUCCUUCCCAAGCGCCAGCCUUUGCUUCAGAAAUGUCCCUCCUUACUCCACGUCCAUCACACACACACCCCCCUUUUGUUCCAGCUCUUUCUCUCCUCCUAUCUCCCUCACAGUCACUGUAAAGCUGAUUUCCUCCUGUCUUGCUCAGCUCGUGUUGUUGUGAAAUGUGUCCAGACGGUUCUCAUCUUGGCUCCCUCGGGCCUGCAGAGCCCUGAACAUGGAGAGGCUAGUGAACACAUCCCAAUAUCACUACUUUUCAAGAUGGUCUCCACAGUAUUUCUGUCAACCUAAUCAAUAUUUAAACUUAGUUUGAAAUGCACCACUUUUUAUCUUUUGCAUCGAAACAUUUCAGACGCGCUGCGCCACAUUUGGAGCUGUUGAUUGACGGCCUCUCCAUGCCCCGGCCCCUCUUCCUGUAAAUGUCAUUACUACUUAACUGUACCUGCUUCGGUGGGAUAGGAAUGUACUGGAAUUGUAAAUAUAAAAGGCACACUGUGUUUGUAUUAUCGGCUGACAAAGAUAUGUAUCUGAAUGAGUUGUACCAUAGACCCCCUCCCUUCCUCCCUUCCUCCCUUCCUCCCUUCCUCCCUUCCUCCCUUCCUUCCUUCCCCUCCUGCUUUUUCUCCGCUGAGUACUGUGAAUUACAUGUCUCAUUAUUGUGAAUAAUAAUGUAUUUAUUUAUCAGGAGUGUUAUUGGGUCUUCAGAGAAUUUUAACCAAGAAUAGAUUACAUCCUCCAUCUCAGGUUGUAGUGAUUAGCAUACAAAAAAAGAUGACUUACUUCUCGUGCACACUAACAAGUCUA